AUGCCGCCGAAGCUGGCGCUCAGCUUGGCAGCAGUGGCUUCCCUGCACGCCUGGCAAAGGCACGCAGGGCCAACAUCGCAACUGUCCCACCGCCAAGUGCGGUUUCGGGGUCCGUACAGCCCGCGAUGCUCGGUUUGCUGCUCGGGCGAGGCCGAGCCACAUGCCCGAGCCAGAGCCAGACAGCCCUCGGCAAGGACAAAGCUUGACAAGGUUGAGGACUUCGUGCGUGAAGGACCGCUCUACAAGAAGCUCUUGUUGUGCAGCUCUCCACCAAGCAGUGUUGAGUGGCUCCGACAUGGCAAGGUCGUGGUUGAGAUGCUCCGAGACCGUGAGGUCGGAGCUUCCGCACUGCCCGAGGACCUGGGAGACAAGAUGUCCCGCCGCAUCUACCACCUGUACUUGCCGAUUUUCUAUUGGAUGCGGCAGCAGAUGCUUGAGCUCCGCGCAGCCAAAGAGCUGAGGGGCGAGCGAUCUCAAACGAUCUGCUUCGGUGUCUCUGCGCCUCAAGGUUGUGGCAAGACUACCAUGACCUCGCUGCUCCAAACCCUCUUCCGGUCGGAUGGCCUCAGCUGUGAGUCGCUGUCGAUCGACGAUUUCUACAUUCCAGCCAGCCGGCUGAAGGCGGUGUCGGACCUGAACCCGGAGAAUCCUCUGAUGCAGACCCGUGGAAAUGCCGGCACGCACGAUGUACAACUGGGCAUAGAGACCCUCCAGGCCCUGCGGACAUUCAAAGAGGAUGAGGUUGCCCUUCCUCGUUAUGACAAGUCGGCACAUGAUGGCAGUGGCGAUCAGGUCCCGAGGGCGAACUGGGAACAUGCCCACACUCCCUGCGAUGUCGUGCUUUUGGAAGGCUGGAUGCUUGGCUUCAAGCCCAAAUCGGAAGCAGAGGUCGCUCGCAUCCAUCCCGGUCUUGUUCUGGUGAACCAGAAAUUGAAGGAUUACCAGGCCUGGGAUGACCAGAUCGACUCCUUCUGCGUUUUUGCAGUGGAUGACAUCGACCAGGUGUAUGCUUGGCGUCAGCAGGCAGAGACGGAGAUGAAGCAGACCCGAGGCGCGGGAAUGACACCGGAGGCUGUGAAGAAGUUUAUUGACAACUACAUGCCAGCAUAUGCAGCAUACCGCCGGGACCUUUAUGAGGCAGCACAGGGUGGAGGUGUCGAUCGGAAGCCCUCACUGCUGUGCUGGGUUGGGCCUGACCGCUUGCCCUACGAUGAGUCUGAUGUUUAG